AGAAUAUUCAAGAUAAAGAGGCAGCCAGAGGAGGAAACUGUCAAUGAUCAUCACCACAAACUCAUUUUGAAAGAGAGUGAGAGAGAGGGCGGGGGGGAUCGAUAUGGCGCUCAGAGAGUUAAAAGUUUGUCUCCUGGGGGACACUGGCGUUGGGAAGUCGAGUAUUGUUUGGAGAUUUGUGGAGGACAGCUUUGACCCAAACAUCAACCCAACAAUUGGGGCAUCCUUCAUGACUAAGACAGUGCAAUACCAAAACGAGCUGCACAAGUUCCUGAUCUGGGACACGGCAGGACAGGAGCGGUUUCGUGCUCUAGCACCAAUGUACUACAGAGGUUCAGCUGCGGCCAUCAUUGUUUAUGACAUCACUAAAGAGGAAUCCUUCCAAACACUGAAGAACUGGGUGAAGGAGCUGCGCCAGCAUGGUCCUCCGAACAUCGUGGUCGCCAUUGCUGGCAACAAAUGUGACCUGUCAGACGCCAGGGAAGUGCCAGAGAAGGAUGCCAAGGACUACGCUGACUCCAUCCAUGCCAUCUUUGUAGAAACCAGUGCCAAGAACGCCAUUAACAUCAACGAGGUGUUUAUAGAGAUAAGUAAGCGCAUCCCCAUUGUAGACGCAGCAGGAGCGACUUCAGGAAAAGGUUUCAAACUGGGACGGCAGGCCUCAGAGUCUCGCAGGACGUGCUGCUGAUGAUGCCGGUGACUGUCCCCACAUGACCUGUGACCUGACCUUUGCUCAUCCUCUGUGUCCCCGGCCUGCUUCAGCGUACAGACACCACAGAAAAACACCACAGAAAAACACCAAUCUAUCAGUGAUACUGGGCCCGCAGCGUUUCAGAGCUGACGACCAUAGCAAAUCGCUUUCUACAACAGCAAAUCAUCAUAUCAUCUUAGAAUUUCUGACAGGAGUAAUACUUCAAGUUUACUGAGCUUUGACAGAAAUGCCUGCAUGAAUACAUUGAUGUGUAAGUGAAGAACCCCUAUUCAUGUCAUUUGCUUGCUUCUAUUAUGGACAUCAACCUCUGUUUGGUGUAUUAUAGCCAGAGGUUCAUCAGAGGAACUGAACAGCUACACAUUCAUGGAUCCAGAAGUCGUUUGUACACAAACCUAUUAUCUCUCAACCAAAACGUGGACUGAAAAUGGUCAAAUCUCACCAAAUUUAUUUUGAUAGUACUUAAGUUAUUGCCUUUUUGUUUGUUUAAAAGAUCUCUCCUCAAGCAUUAUCACUUUAUAUGAAGGAUCCAUUUAGACUGUCAAUGUGUGUAAUUACUUAUUUAUCAUAACAUUUUCAUGAAGGAAAUGAUGGUAGUCAUUGGUAUCAAACGCUCAUACUCUUCAUUUUCAGUUUCUGGUUUUUGGAAGGAUAUUUAGAAAGUAGGUGAUUCACAGUCUAGCCAGAAGGACUGUGCUUACUAAAUUUACAUUUCAUUGUGUGAUUGCUGUUUUCAUCAAGAUGUUUUUUUGGAGGCAAGACACCCUGUGGGUGUUUUGAUGUUAAUUGCAAUCACACGGCAAAACAUGUAGAAAUGUAAGGUGUGUGGGAGCCUACUUCCUUUUACAUCAAAGGAGUAUUUAGACAUUUUAGGAAAUGUGCUUAUUCGUGUUCUUGCCGAGGUCAAGACGAGGAUAGCGAUACCAUUAGAACUGGCAGCCGGUUAGAUUUCACUAAUUAACAUUAAUUAAUGUCUUCGCUGUUUUGCGAGGAAAAAAAAAAGCGGUUUUUAGUCUACAUGACAUCCCUGUAGCCUCACAGCAAAAACAGCUUUGCAGCAUUCCCCUAAAAAAACUGAGGUAAAUGGGGACUUGUACUGAAACGUUAAAAAAAGGCAACUGAAAAACAAAUGAAAUGACUCAAAUGAAGAUGUUAUUCACACGGUUGUUGGGCGGUCAACCUCAUGCACCUCCUUCACACCGAAAACUUGGAUUACGGCAGUGCCAUUUCCCAACCUACUUAAGUUGUUUAGGAGAAUGCUGCAACACUGUUUUGCUGUGAAGCUUAAGAAAUGUUUUGUGGACUUUUUAAACGUCACCUGACUUUCUAUUAGCAUGGGAGUCAAUAGAUUAUGACAUAAUCUUCAUUUAUGGUUGACCUUGGGUGAAAGUAUACAGUAUGUCCCAAAACAGACUAUUCCUUCAAUUCUCAUCCUGGUUUGUUGGGAUAUUUUAAACAUCGCUGACCCCUGAGAGUGAUAACAAGCUGUUGUAAAACCGUACAGUCCACAUCUCCCAAUGAUGGUGCCUUAAUCAGGGCUGAAAAUGCUGAGUCUAAGAGUUUAUCAUAAUAUGGUAAAACUCCCAGCUGCUCCCAUGUCCUACACGCGUCCUCUUGUGAUUACUGAGACAGUAUUAACUGAAUCCUGAAUUUGAAGUUGCCCACAGUGCACGCAGUACACUGCACAGUUGUCUCACAUUAUUACUUUAACUUUAUAAUUCUCUAAUCUUCUGUACUGCUACUUUAUGGAGGGGAGGCUGAUAUUUGUGAGGUCUUGCCAAAUUCUUUAAUUGUCCCAUAAACAUUUUCCCUCUUUCCUUUUCUUUCACAUAAUCAGCGCUGGCUCACACACACACACGCAAUGUUGUUUUACUACCUGGCCUGCGAUGAAAACAGCAAGGUCUGGAAACUAGACGUCGUUCAGAGUAAGCUCAGAUUUUAGAGCAUAAGAAUUUUUUUUUUCCCCCAUUGCAGGACGUCAAAGGUGCAGAGUCACACGUGGCACUGUGUCGACAUGCUGACCCCUUGAUGAACCGUAGCCUCCAUUCUGCUCUGAAUUACUGUAUGUGCUUUGCUCCAAGGUCUGCUUUCUGAUUUUCCCUUCUCCCAACUUUUUUUUUGCCUUAGUUCCUUUAAAUUCCAGGCACUUGCUGUAGGUCCAGCUUUCAUUUUGUUUUAAACAAAUAUGGCGCCGUAUACCACAGCUUUCUAUACCACAGCUUUUACUGCGCUCUAUCCUCCUUUCAUGAAAGUCCUCUGUGAUCGCUGCUUUUUUUUAUUUACCUCUUAUAUCAACCUAAUUGGAUUUUAGUAGCAGUUGACUCAUGAGCCCCACAGACUUAUUAAUUCUGUGUAAUUUCAUGCUUGUCUGUAUCUCUCGAGUCCUUUUAGCCCCAAAACUUCUUUGCAAACUUGCCAAAAAAUACAGAUGUGAGCUGAAUUAGAUAAAUUUGGGCUGUGUGCUUUUUCCGUCACUUUAUUUACCCUUAAGCAUCAGAAAUGUUAUCUGUUUUUGAUGAGCUGUGUGCUAAGCAGUGCUGCCUAUUUCUUCAGGAUUUUUCUUGAGAGUGCAAUAAAUGUUAAUAUGACAAAGCUAAAAUGUGACCAAAUCUGAGAAAGCAGUUACAGAGUGACAGUAGAACACGCACUCGUACAAAACUGUGAUCUCAUUCCCCUUUCGGUCUCCAACAGAUGAUGGUUCGUAUUGACCUCGUUUCGUGCUGAUUUGAUGACAGUUCUGCUCAUGUGUAUUUGAUCAAAGGAGCAGUUGGAUAAGGCGAACCGAAUCCAAUAAAAACCAGAGUGGCAUUCUGGGUCAAAACUUAAACUUGCGAUGGAUCGUGAUUCACGCUGCUCUCUAACUCUAGCUCGUACUCAACGCGGCUUCAGCAAUUAUAUCAAAAAGGGACUCACUCUGGUACUCUGAAAAGCUGCACUUUUACCUUUUUUGUAUUAUUUGGCCCUUAUUACUAACUAACACACUGUCUGCAGUCUGUUAUUAACUCUGUGAAAUAACAUCCUUGUAGAGGCAUCAGACGUCUUAAUGUCCCCUCUUGAUGUUACUUCAGGUUUUGACCGUUUGCUCGGCUCUUAUUGCGGCGAAGAACGUGGUGCCAAAAAAAUGUCAACGCCAUUUUACUACACCACGCAUAAUUAACCAUUUUUUAUUGUCUGUGUAAUAUGGUGAUUUAAAGUGCUAUUCACAUAAAUGCUUAAAAAAAUAUUUGAAGUUUGAUGAUGACAUGUUUUGUUGUUUUUUUUUUUUUCCUCAUUUGAAAACAGUUGGCAUGGAUAGAGUUUGUAUGCCAGUUUUGCAUUGAAAAAUAUCAAUAGUCUUGGGCUGGCCCUGGGAAUGUGAUUAAUCUAUAUUAUGUAUAUUUUUCAGUGUAGAUAUAUACCAUCAAAUUGCACACAAAUCAAUAUCUAUAUUCUAUUCUAAGCCAGUUGUGUGACCGCAAUAGACUCGUACACCAUUUGCAGUGAUUCCAUCAGCAUUGUAGUUACCAUAUUUAGCUUUUUACUAUGUUUCAUAUUGAUUGUAACAAAAUGCCUGAAAACACUUGUUUGCAGUGUAUUUCCAAAUGUGUAAAAAAAAAAAAAAGGGAAUUGUCAAUUUGUUUACUAAUAAAAGAUUGACAAAAAUAUA